UUUAGCCUUCAAUUCAAUUUUCUAAUAUUCAUAUUUUAUUUAAUUGUUCUAUUUAAUGGGUAUAGACCAUAGUACAUUGCCAGAUAUGACUAGAUUUGGUAAAAAAAUAAAUCAAGAAAGCAGACAGGAUUCCAUAUCAAGUGGUAAUAUAAGUCCGCUUAGUGGUGAAAUGCCAUAUUAUUCAUAUUUUGCUGGAAAGCCGAUUGGGAAUGACUCAAAAAUGCUAUGUGGGCCUGUGGUUCCUAAUUCAAAGCUCAUAACAUAUAGUAAAUCCAUAAAUUUUCCUCAUAUAAAAGAUAUCAAAAAUGAAUCUCAAAUGCUUUCACUUCCAGAAAAAAUAACAAUUGUUUCACUUGGAGUGAAAGAAAAAUCUAUUGAUAAUGAUGAAUACAUUCAAAGAUUAUCUCAAAUUUCAUUAAACUAUCCUAUUUUGAAAUCAUUCUUGAACUAUUCUAAUGAUAAAAAAGUCAGCAAUGAAAAAAUUGCAUUAACCACCAAAAAUCUUACAAACAGGGUUGAUGACUUAUGUGAUAGUAUACAAUCUCACCUUAACCAAAUCGUGUCUCCUGUAAUGCAAGCUCAAGCCCAAUUAAAUCCUAAGAUAAUUAACUUAAACGACUCAUUAUCUGUUUUAACUACCGCACUUACCACUAAAAAUAAGACUUUAGAUGGACUCUGCGAAACCUUUUUUAAUGAUUCCUCCAUUUUCGAUCUUUCGACCUUUGUCAAAAUUCGUUCCGAUAUAACUCAUAUUACUCAAAUUAUGGCUGAUCUGAAUUCUAAACUUCCAGCUGAAUUUAAAUUACCAGAUUUUGACGAAAACAGCUGAUGUCUCAUUUUAUAUAUAUUAAUGAUAUUUAAAUAGUUAU